AUGGAAUAAGUAAAUACUAUUUAAAAAUCUGAAUAAAGUCCAUAAUUAAAAUCAAACAAAAAUAACAAUUAAAAUUACUUACAAAAUUUUAUAAAAGAAGAAAUAAUAGGUUAAGGUUCAUACGGUUUAGUAUAUAAGGUUCGUACAAAACAAGGCGAAUGCAAAGCCAUGAAAGAAAUAAAUAAAAGUCUUUUAAAUAAAGAGAAAAAAAUGCACUAAAUUUUUAUGGAAAAAAUAACUAGAUACUUUAAACAUCCUGGAAUUCCUAAAUUUUCAUCUUGUUUUUAAGCAAAUGAAAAUAUCUAUUUUAUCACUGAAUAUGCUUCUGGAGGGAAUUUUUCCUCUAUUAUAUCUAAACAAAAACUCAAUUUUUAACAAAUUAGAUAUUUUUCAGCCCAGCUGAUACUUAUAUUAGAAUAUUUGCACAUAAACGGUUUCUCCCAUAGAGACUUUAAGCCCGAAAACAUGGUUAUAACUUCCGAAGGGCACAUUUAAUUAAUUGAUUUUGGCACUUUAAACGAUUAUGCGCCUUCCUUAAUCAAAGAAGAAAUCCUUAAAGACGAAAUAAAAUUUGUUUGCCCUGAAAUGGUAUUAGAAGAAAAUUGUGAUGCAAAUGGUGAUUUGUGGGCUUUUGCGUGCAUUUUAUAUAAACUUUUUACUUAAAAAACUCCAUUUUGGGAUUAAUAAGAGCUAUAAAUAUACGAGAAAAUUAAAUAAGCGAAUUUUAAUUGCUAGCAUGAAAAAAUACCAUAAAAAGCUUAAAAUUUAAUUAAUCAAAUGCUAAAAUAAGAAUAAUAAGAAAGAUUAGGCUAUAUUCAUAUUCAUGAAAAUUUAACUUAAAAAGAAGUUUUAGAAGCUUAUUCUUAAAUUAAAAAUCAUGAAUUUUUUUAAGGAUUUAAUUGGGAAUAGGCUUUUUAGUGUAAUGUACCAGAUUAUAUAUAGUGCUUAAUGAAAUAAUUAGAUAAUGGAAUAGGUUUUGAGGGUAAUAUGGUUAAAAAAAAGAAGAUUUUAGCAAUUUUUAAUGUCCAUAAGGUGAAAUAUAUUAUCGUUUAUAAAGGAAAACCUGGAAAAUUAGUGUAUUUUAGUGACAAAAGUAAAAGUAAGUAAUAAAAAAUAGUUGUUUUAGAUAAAGAGUGUGUUUUAGAGUUAGAAAACGAAGAUGAGGUAUAUUUUUAAAUUUAAGGCAGUAAAAAGAAAUUGAUUUUCAAAUAAUAAAAUAAUGGUUAAGCUUUAUAAUUAUAUAAUAUUUGUAAGAAAAUUAUAUAAGAUAAUUAACAAUUAUGA